AUGAAAUUGCAGCUCCACUUUCCUUCCAGCUUUAUUUCGUACAUAGAAGAUAAUAACUCUAGCCUUACAACCCAAGCUCUAUUGAAUCAUGCUUGGACUUCUACAAAUCAAAAUAAAAACAAGUCGUUAAGUUCAGAUAUCACCAAGAUUUUUGUUUCUACAAAUCCUCGAGGCGCAGAAAGAUUAGCACCAGGCAUUGUUGUUCCAGAAUCAGAUCUUUAUCUUCGCAGGUUGUGGGGCAAUCCAAGUGAGGACCUGCCUAUCAAACAGAAAUACCUCGUCACAUUCACAGUUGGACUUGGCCAGAAACCUAAUAUUGAUGCUGCAGUCAAAAAGUUUUCUGGAAAUUUUACUAUCUUAUUGUUCCAUUAUGAUGGGCAUACUAGUGAAUGGGAUGAUUUGGAGUGGUCAAAGCAAGCUAUUCACGUAAGCAUCAGGAAGCAGACUAAAUGGUGGUACGCUAAAAGGUUUUUGCACCCAGACAUUGUGGCUUCAUAUGAGUACAUAUUUAUCUGGGAUGAAGAUCUAGGAGUUGAGCACUUUGAUGCUGAAAAGUACAUCGCGUUGGUUAAGAAACAUGGAUUAGAGAUUUCGCAGCCUGGUUUGGAACCAAACAAAGGAUUAACGUGGCAAAUGACUAAGAGAAGAGGUGAUCGUGAAGUGCAUAAAGAAACAGAAGAGAGGCCAGGCUGGUGCACUGACCCCCAUCUCCCACCAUGUGCCGCCUUUGUGGAGAUAAUGGCUCCUGUUUUCUCACGAGAUGCUUGGCGAUGCGUAUGGCAUAUGAUUCAGAAUGAUUUGGUUCAUGGAUGGGGUCUUGAUUUUGCACUUAGAAAAUGUGUAGAGCCGGCUCAUGAGAAAAUUGGAGUUGUUGAUUCGCAGUGGAUCGUUCAUCAGGUGGUUCCUUCACUCGGGAGUCAGGGCAAGGCUGAAAAAGGAAAAGCGCCAUGGGAAGGGGUAAGGGACAGGUGCCGCAAAGAAUGGACUAUGUUUCAGGAUCGAAUGUCAGAAGCAGAGAAGGCGUACUAUAGGUCGAAGGGGGUUGCUCCCCCGAACAACACAAUGGCUUAAGAGUUCAAUCACCUGUUUUUUGAGCUUUUGGCCUUUUGUAUUUAAAAACAUUGGCUAGUUAUUUAGAUGACUGAUACAAAUAGCGCUUCUAAAAUUUUCAUGAUUCUUUAGUUUAUACUUAUAAUUGAUUAUUGGAACAGGUGGCCUAGUUCCAUCUUUUGGCUAGAAAGUAUAACUGAAGGGUUUUGUUUGAUUUUGUACGCUUGAGAAUUCUGGUGGCUUAAGCUACUACGCGCACACAAGGUUUUUUGGGAUCA